GUUUCACUCCUGACAAACACAAACAUCUGUGUGACCAAAGCCACAGUGAAAUCUGACAGAAGGUUCAACUUUCCUCUCCCAGAGGAUGUUGAGAAAUGCGACGACCUAACUAGUUAUUCAAAUGGAUAAUUCAGGGUCGUGUUGUAGUAAUCUGGAGGAGCAGAAGGUUGUGAUGAAGAUUGGCAUUAGUAUGGUGUUAGUAGGACAUGUUAAUUUCCUGUUGGGUGCUUUGGUUCAUGGUGUGGUGCUGAGGCACUUUAGUCUUCAUGUGCGGGGACAGGCCAUGGAAAGCACCAUCUCCAACAUCAUCGCCUUGACAGCAGGCUUACUGGGUGUCAUAAUUGGUAUAUUGACUAUUAUUUUCUCCAAAAACAUGAAGAACAGGAUACUGGCCUGCUCAUUGUUUGUGUUAAGUGCUAUUGCUGGUCUCGUGGCCACCGCCUCAGUCAUAGGAUUGAGUGUGUCAUUGGUAAAGACCAUCAUUCGUGGUGACAAGAGUCUGCUUGCCUACUGCGGCUAUACUGAUGAUGUCAUGAGCCAUAUAAGCAUCGCCAAUAAGUGUCCCUUUGACCCUACUCGAAUUUAUAGCACCACUAUAAUCCUGUGGGUACCGCUGAUAAUCAUCAGUGCUGUGGAGAUGAUUUUCUCGUGUCGCUUAUUUAAAGUCUCCAGCAUCUAUUACAUCUCUCUGCCCUGCUGCCUAGGCAAACACCUUCAGCACGAUCCAAGCAGAUCGAUGGAGCCCCAUAGAGUUCCAGAAUCCCCUCUCCUCCCCCACCACGUGCUCACAUCCCGUUGUUGUCAAGGAGACGAAGAAAGGAGGCUGCCCAUUAGACCCCCAGACAACUCACGAGCACACCGCUCCGUACCCACCGCUCCACAGUUUCACCAACCCUCUUCCCGGUUCAACCGGGGAGCUUUGGAUAGGUCCAGUAUCUGGAUCUAAUGUUGGGCCAUACUGUGGCUUUGUGACUCCUGCAGGACAUCUCAAUACAAGUGUUUCUCUUGAUAAGAGAGGAAUGUUGCACAGCUACUUGUACAGGUUGAAGCAGACGUCAGGUUUGGUUAAGGAAUUCUCUUCAUAUGGCCAGUAUGUCUUUUUGCUGCACUGUAAAACUUUUCUGUAAAUUUACAGCGAAUUUCUAACAGUAUUGUACUGUAUUUUCAAAAAACAGUGUUAGACUGUAUAUUUACAAAAUAUUUACAGAAUGUCUGUAAAUGUACAGAAUUGUCCUGUUUUCAGCAUGUAAAAUUCGUAAUACAGAAUAAUACUGUAAAAGCAUUGCAUUGUGGGAUUGAUUUCCUUCGCGCUCAAUAUUUGAAUGUAAGCAGAGCUAGUGCCUCGGACGUUCGGACGCCCUUUAUUUGUUAGGAUUGGUUAUUCAUAUAAACAACGACGAUAUGAAGACAACGCGUUCAACUUUUAAUCUAUAGCUGCCUAUGAUGUGAAAACGUACACGGAACAUUUAAAAGUUUCACGACGACGCGGCAGAAAUGAGAGGAUUAUGCAUGCAACAAGAAGACGGAGAGAAUACAAUGUGUCUGUGAUGAAGAUAAACGAAGAUUGACUGAAUGUGCAUCAUUGACACGGUCCAUCUCUAAGCAACCAGCUCUGGAUGUUGAGCAUGGACGGUCAGGUUGUGUGUGAAGGAGAGCAGCGCAACUUUGUCUCUGGUCUUGCAACGCUGAUUGCCUCAUUCUACAAUUUUAACCUCCCGGAUCUGGAAGCGGUGGCAUGCACCCUUGGGUUUGUUCAGAGAUGAUUUCUCUACAUCAACCUGGAACAUGGAUCAAAGAUGAAGAAAGGGAAAAAGAACACUACAGUGAAUCCACAGGUUUCCACUCUUCUUAGAAAACUUACGGACUUUAAAUGGAAUUUUGUUUAGACACUUCCACUAUCCAGUGUAGUUAAAUUAAAAGGAAUUAAAGUUUCCUACAUUGUUAAUGAUGUGCUGUUAAUUGAAAUACAAACGUACAGCUGGCAUUUCAUCCAAUAUGCUUAUGUUAAAGAAUUAAUCCACUUUUAAAAUGAUGCAAAAAAAGAAAGUCAGGAGGGAAAAUACAGUAAAGGAUUAGUCCACUUUCUUAAAGGAGUAGUCCACUUUAAAGAUGGGGUC